UGGUGUGCAGGAGGCGUGGGGGUUGUCUAGUGAGGGGCUAGCAGUGAGCAGGGUGAGGUUGGGGUGUAGCAAGAGCACCCCAGUGCCUGCUGAUGGACUCCCUGACCUUGGGCCACUCAGAGAGGCUACAGAGGAGAGAGAUGAGUGUCCCAUUAAGGUGAGGUGGUGCCUGCUCGCACCCUACCCUCUCCAUCCCAGACCCCAGGCCCCAGGGUCCAGGCCCUUCUCCUCUGCAGAUGCUGUGGCUACUAUUGCUGACCCUCCCCUGCCUGGAGGGCUCCGUGCCCGUGACCCCAGGUGAGACCUGACUCCUUCCAAAGCCCACUCUGUCCCUGGCCCCUAGCCCUGCCCCCCAGGCCUCCACUAGCCUCCCAGGGACCACCCCAGAGUCAGGGUGAUUAUUUGGAUGCUUCUGAUAUCCAGGGAGGGGGAGAGAUGGAUGAGUGGGAAGAUCUGAGCUGAGCCCAGGGCAGGGACGCCUGGGUCCAUGAUGGCUCCCCACUCUGCCUCCCCAGCUCCCAGUCCAGGGACUGAGUUUGUGGGCAUCGUCGGGGGCCAUGAUGCCCCCCCCGGGAGGUGGCCCUGGCAGGUCAGCCUCCGCAUGUACAACAAGGAGCUGGUGCUGUGGCAGCAUGUGUGUGGGGGCUCCCUCAUCCACCCCCAGUGGGUGCUGACCGCGGCCCACUGUCCUGUCCCGUGAGUGACCGUCCUCCGCUCCUGUGGCCUGGGGGAGCACAUAGAGGGGUUAAUGUGAAGGGUGUGGGGCAUUCGGGGCUGGGGGACAGUGGUCCAGGGCUCUGCAUGGACGGCCAUAGGAGCAACACACCCCAUGUUGAGGGGAUCCCUUGGCUCUGAGCCCCUGAACUGACUCCUGCAGCCAUGCUGAGCCUGGGCCCCUGCCUGCUGCCUCUGAACAGGAUAGAGUUGGGGCCGAGUGCCUAUCGGGUCCAGGUUGGGCAGCUGAAACUCUAUGACCAUGACCAGCUGAUGAACGUGACCAAGAUCAUCCGCCACCCCAAGUUCAACCUCAGCCUGUCUGCCAAGGGGGGCGCAGACAUCGCCCUGCUGCAGCUGGAGACCUUGGUGAUGCUGUCGGACUACGUGCAGCCAGUCACCCUCCCGCCCGCCUCCCUGACGGUGCCCUCGGGGAAGACGUGCUGGGUGACCGGCUGGGGCGCUGUCAAGCUGGGAGCACCCCUGCCCAAGCCCUACAUCCUGCAGGAGGUGGAGAUCCCCAUAGUGGGGAAUGAGGACUGUAACCGCCGUUACCUGAAAGGCAUCUCCUCAAACAAAACCGCCAAGGCCAUCCAGGAUGACAUGCUGUGUGCAGGGAGCGAGGGCCGUGACUCUUGCCAGGGGAAGGAAGCACCCACUGCUUGGUGGCACCGGGACAAGCUUGCCAAGUGCCACCUCUCUCCCCAGGGUGACUCUGGGAGCCCCCUGGCCUGCAUUUGGAAUGACACCUGGCUCCAGGUAGGGCUGGUGAGCUGGGGCGACAGCUGUGGCCACCGCUUCCUCCCAGGGGUCUAUGCCCGGGUGAUGAGCUACGUGUCGUGGAUCCACCAGUAUGUCCCCCACUCCCACCGGCUCUAG